AUGACAAAUAAAUUAGAGAAGCCCACUGGAGAGUUCCGCCAGUACCUGCCGGACCUCGGCCUGGAGCGUUUCCAGGUGAUGUGCCAGCAGGAUGCCCACGAGUACGCGCACGCUUUCAAGACUGGGCACCAGCCGCCAUGGCUCCAUGCACUGUACAUGCAUUGGCUAGAGCUAUUGCAAGAGCCAUUCAAGGGCGUCACAACGGACGGACAUGUCCGCCCCGGGCUAUUCACAUUACAAGAAGAAGACGUUCCAAUCCAGGAUAUUGUGAGCGCAACUGAAGCUGUCACAGCCUUGCUGGAUGACAAGCAGAAAGAAGCCAUCAACUACCACAUUGACUCCCCGCAAUGGCGCACAUGGUCCAACCCAGAAUUCCUGUUAGCUCACAAGGGAAUCCGACUAGACGAAGUGAGCUCGCAAAUCCGCGAUGCAGUCAUGAAUGUUCUCAAGACAACACUUUCCCCCGAGGGUUACGAAAAAGCCGUCAGCGCAAUGCGCAUCAACCAUUUCCUCGGCGAACUGGUCAACUCGCCAGCCGUCAUGAAUGAAUUCUCAUACAAUUUCGUUCUUUUCGGUCGCCCAUCCACCACGCGACCAUGGGGCUGGUCUUUCUACGGUCACCAUUUGUGUUUGAAUAUUUUCCUCUACAAGGGACAGAUCGUCGCGUCACCGUGGUUCACAGGCGCAGAACCGAACGAGAUCGAUGCGGGUCCACAUUCCGGCACGCGUAUCAUGCAACUGGAAGAAAAGCUCGGACUUCAGCUUAUGCAAUCACUGUCGGCAGAGCUCCAGUCCUCCGCGCGUGUAUUUGCUGAAAUGAAAGACCCCGCUAUGCCGCCUGGCCGCUGGAACAAGGAUGAUCAGCGCCAUCUGUGUGGUGCGUACCGAGAUAACCGUGAAGUGCCUUACGAGGGAAUCUUGGCAUCGACAUUUGAUUCUGCACAGAAGGAUCUCAUGUACGGUAUACUGGAGCAAUACCUGCUUUACCUGCCCGCAAAGUCACGGGCGAUGAAGAUCGAUCAAGUGCGCGCUCAUGAGAAGGAGACGUACUUUUGUUGGAUUGGAGGAUACGGGGAUGAAGAUCCAUUCUAUUACAGGAUUCAGAGUCCGGUGAUUCUCGUCGAGUUUGAUCAUCACUCUGGUGUAUUUUUGAAUAAUGAGGAGCCGAAGAAGUUCCACAUCCAUACCCUGCUUCGGACCCCGAAUGGCGGUGAUUAUGGUCAGGCGCUGCGUCCUUUGAUCCCCGCUGUUGAGGGUCUGAACGGAAAAGAAAUUGUCUGGUAG